AUGAAUAACGAUGAAGGUUACGUAUACACAGUUCCGCCGAAAGAAUAUCCUGGUAGUCAAGUGAUUGGAAAGCGAAAAAAUUUGAUACUUGACUUGGACAAUACUUUAAUUUGUGCUUUUAUUCGAAAGCCAAAUAGUUUUAACUUAACUGACAAAAGGUGGAUUUACCACGAGAUUAGAACCGAAAAUGAACUAAGUCAGUAUUACAUCUUACUUAGACCGGGUUUGAAGGAAUUCUUAACAGAAUGCGCGGUGCAUUAUAACUUGCUAAUUUUCACAGCAGCCGAUCGUGAGUAUGCUGAACCUAUUUUGAAUCUUUUGUGCCCUCAAAUCCAUCCUGAGAGGCGCUUUUAUCGUGGUUCCUGCGUUAAGAUUGAUGACACAUACAUUAAAGAUCUUCGUAAGCUUGAAAAUUUUAGAUUUAAUGAACGAUCAACAUUCCUAUUCGACGAUCAUGCACCAGAUAACAUGGUGCCGCAUGCAAAUGGUAUGUUUUGUAGUCGAUUUGCCCCCGAUGAUGAGCAAGACAACAGUGAUGAGACAAUCGAUAAACUAUCGUCUGAAACAACCUCGCUGCUGCCAUUUGCAACACUUUUUCGCCAUCCAUUGUUUCUAGAUGCCGAAGAUGUUAGAGUUCCUCUUGCUCAAUAUGCUCAAACCCUUCAACAAAAAAUUGAGAUCAUCAAAUCCGAUUCCUUGUGUAGUGGUGGAAGCUAUGACGGAGGUCACUAUACCUUUUCUUUAUGA